AUGCUGUGGACUCUACUAGGAGCGGUUUCCGCAGGAUGCUUUGAGUUAGGCUCCAAGCCCAGGAGUCAGCGGAUACCCGUCCAGCUGCUUUGGAUAAUGAAUGCGCUCGGUAUGACAUAUUGCAGGAUGAGGUGGCCCUGGGCGUGGACGGGCGCGCGGCUGUGCGCCGGCGUGGCGCUCACCAUGUCGCUCAGCAUCACCGCCGGCCGCCGCGACUACAAGGACCUGGACGCCAAGCAGGCCUCCGACAUCUCGCUGUGGAUCGACGAGCGGCAGGUCCGCAUGUUCAGCGGCAUAUCGAUGCAAGUGUUCGCGAUACUCAACGGCCACAUAUCGCCGUACAUCCUCGACCCGAAUUUCUCGCACAAGCUGCCGACGAUACCCUCGGAGGUGGGCUACGUGAACUUCACGUGGCGCUCCAAGAAGCGCUACCACUACAACUUCGACACGCUCACCUCUUCGGACCCCAAGCUCUUGAAGCCGCCCGUCCUCUCCAUUAAGACUCAAGGGCGGGUGCCCAAGGCUCCGAAAGAGUUCAGUAUAUUUUUGAUAUGCUUGGGCAACAACAGUGGCGUGGCAACGUUCGAAAUAGGAUUAGUGCUCAAAAAUGGCCGGAACAUCCCGCUCAAAGGCACACCACUAAGGUUAAACCUAAAGAAGGAAUGCGCACAGAGAGGUGUGUAUUUAGAAAGGACAGGGCCGGACCCGGAGUGCGACAAGAAGUGCGCCAACCAGGGCUGGUGCAACCACGAGAAGAUAUGCCAGUGCCCGGAGGGCUACAUGGGGCAGCACUGCCGCACCGCCCUCUGCUACCCGCAGUGCAUGAACGGCGGCAACUGCACCGCGCCGGGGGUCUGCUCCUGCCCGCCCGGAUACCAGGGCCGCCACUGCGAAGGAGGUACCCCUCUUCCCAAC